ACCUCCACGUGGUGUGACCCGGUAAUCGAUAUCGUUUUCUAAACAUUUAUCAGACGAUAAUUUUUAGAAAACGAUAUCGAGCUGAGAGCUACGAUUCGGUUAAUAUAAAGUAGUAAAAUCAAUUUUUCGAGCGAACAAGCUAUUUUUUUUAUUCUGAUUCUUUUCUUCGGAAGGAUCUAUCCUUUAGUCUUAUAUUUUGCUAUUUGUUCAUAAAUCUCUCUUUUUAGGUCUUAUAUUUCCCUAUUUCCGGUCAAAUCCAUCACUUUCCCGAACAAGUGAGUUUCACGAUUUGUUCGUUUUUAGGUCUUAUAUUUUGCUAUUUGCUUCGGGGUCCCAGAUACCCCAAGACUAUGCGUUUCUGAAGGAGUCCAGCUCGAUAGAAUACAUCACCGAAAGAUAUUACAACGUGACACAAAUUGGAGGACUUCUGGUUGCAAAGGGUUAUGGGAUUACAAUGAAAAAAGAUAAGCUUUCUUUUAGGUAAAAUUCAAUUUAUUCAAAUCAAUUCUGAUCAACAUAAAUAAUUACAGAUUCACCAUAUCGUCAUGCACUGAACACUGCCGCAUUAAAAUUGCAACGAAGUGGUUUAAUUACCGAGUUAAAGAUUAAAUGGUGGACGCAGAAACGCGGGGGUGGAAAAUAUCGAGAAGAAAGCGGUCAAAGUAUGGCAGAGGAGCUGGAUCUUGACAACGUGGGUGGUGUUUUUCUAUUAUUAACUGUUGGUGUUGCUGUCUCCUUUUUCUACACCAUAUUCGAACUUCUGUGGGAGAUUGGUUGCACAUCUGUACGCGAAAAUAUUUCCUUCAAAGAACUUAUGACUGAAAUUAAAUUCAUCGUAAAAUGUGGUAGUACAUCAAAACCAGUAAGAAGGAGAAAAAGUUCUUCCAACAGAAGUGGAGAAGGCAGUACUCGAGGUUGCACUCCUCCUUAUGGUUUUAUUCCAGCGAUCAGGAUAUCCAAUUCUGAGAAUAAAUAAACUUAUGUAUAAUGGAAUAUUUUAUUAAACUACAAAUACAUGUAAUUAAAUACAAUUUGAUUAAAUUUAUAAAUGUAGUGUCAAAUAUUGUUCUUCUCUUUAUUUCUAUGGCCACAAACAACAUAUCAGCAGCGCAGAUUAAAUGUGACAACUGAAAUGUGAAAUAUGAAGGGCAUGAAGUCUAAGAUGAAGUGUGAGAUGUGA